GCUACAGCCACUAAGUAGGUAUCAGUCAGGUUAGGUCAGUAAUAGAGUCAAGGAAUCAAACAGUUUGAGAACUGGUUUAACCUAGCACGCUCUCACCCACAGAUAGAGGAAGCCAAUGCUAUGUCUCUAGCUACAGCCACUAAGUAGGUAUCAGUCAGGUUAGGUCAGUAAUAGAGUCAAGGAAUCAAACAGUUUGAGAACUGGUUUAACCUAGCACGCUCUCACCCACAGAUAGAGGAAGCCAAUGCUAUGUCUCUAGCUACAGCCACUAAGUAGGUAUCAGUCAGGUUAGGUCAGUAAUAGAGUCAAGGAAUCAAACAGUUUGAGAACUGGUUUAACCUAGCACGCUCUCACCCACAGAUAGAGGAAGCCAAUGCUAUGUCUCUAGCUACAGCCACUAAGUAGGUAUCAGUCAGGUUAGGUCAGUAAUAGAGUCAAGGAAUCAAACAGUUUGAGAACUGGUUUAACCUAGCACGCUCUCACCCACAGAUAGAGGAAGCCAAUGCUAUGUCUCUAGCUACAGCCACUAAGUAGGUAUCAGUCAGGUUAGGUCAGUAAUAGAGUCAAGGAAUCAAACAGUUUGAGAACUGGUUUAACCUAGCACGCUCUCACCCACAGAUAGAGGAAGCCAAUGCUAUGUCUCUAGCUACAGCCACUAAGUAGGUAUCAGUCAGGUUAGGUCAGUAAUAGAGUCAAGGAAUCAAACAGUUUGAGAACUGGUUUAACCUAGCACGCUCUCACCCACAGAUAGAGGAAGCCAAUGCUAUGUCUCUAGCUACAGCCACUAAGUAGGUAUCAGUCAGGUUAGGUCAGUAAUAGAGUCAAGGAAUCAAACAGUUUGAGAACUGGUUUAACCUAGCACGCUCUCACCCACAGAUAGAGGAAGCCAAUGCUAUGUCUCUAGCUACAGCCACUAAGUAGGUAUCAGUCAGGUUAGGUCAGUAAUAGAGUCAAGGAAUCAAACAGUUUGAGAACUGGUUUAACCUAGCACGCUCUCACCCACAGAUAGAGGAAGCCAAUGCUAUGUCUCUAGCUACAGCCACUAAGUAGGUAUCAGUCAGGUUAGGUCAGUAAUAGAGUCAAGGAAUCAAACAGUUUGAGAACUGGUUUAACCUAGCACGCUCUCACCCACAGAUAGAGGAAGCCAAUGCUAUGUCUCUAGCUACAGCCACUAAGUAGGUAUCAGUCAGGUUAGGUCAGUAAUAGAGUCAAGGAAUCAAACAGUUUGAGAACUGGUUUAACCUAGCACGCUCUCACCCACAGAUAGAGGAAGCCAAUGCUAUGUCUCUAGCUACAGCCACUAAGUAGGUAUCAGUCAGGUUAGGUCAGUAAUAGAGUCAAGGAAUCAAACAGUUUGAGAACUGGUUUAACCUAGCACGCUCUCACCCACAGAUAGAGGAAGCCAAUGCUAUGUCUCUAGCUACAGCCACUAAGUAGGUAUCAGUCAGGUUAGGUCAGUAAUAGAGUCAAGGAAUCAAACAGUUUGAGAACUGGUUUAACCUAGCACGCUCUCACCCACAGAUAGAGGAAGCCAAUGCUAUGUCUCUAGCUACAGCCACUAAGUAGGUAUCAGUCAGGUUAGGUCAGUAAUAGAGUCAAGGAAUCAAACAGUUUGAGAACUGGUUUAACCUAGCACGCUCUCACCCACAGAUAGAGGAAGCCAAUGCUAUGUCUCUAGCUACAGCCACUAAGUAGGUAUCAGUCAGGUUAGGUCAGUAAUAGAGUCAAGGAAUCAAACAGUUUGAGAACUGGUUUAACCUAGCACGCUCUCACCCACAGAUAGAGGAAGCCAAUGCUAUGUCUCUAGCUACAGCCACUAAGUAGGUAUCAGUCAGGUUAGGUCAGUAAUAGAGUCAAGGAAUCAAACAGUUUGAGAACUGGUUUAACCUAGCACGCUCUCACCCACAGAUAGAGGAAGCCAAUGCUAUGUCUCUAGCUACAGCCACUAAGUAGGUAUCAGUCAGGUUAGGUCAGUAAUAGAGUCAAGGAAUCAAACAGUUUGAGAACUGGUUUAACCUAGCACGCUCUCACCCACAGAUAGAGGAAGCCAAUGCUAUGUCUCUAGCUACAGCCACUAAGUAGGUAUCAGUCAGGUUAGGUCAGUAAUAGAGUCAAGGAAUCAAACAGUUUGAGAACUGGUUUAACCUAGCACGCUCUCACCCACAGAUAGAGGAAGCCAAUGCUAUGUCUCUAGCUACAGCCACUAAGUAGGUAUCAGUCAGGUUAGGUCAGUAAUAGAGUCAAGGAAUCAAACAGUUUGAGAACUGGUUUAACCUAGCACGCUCUCACCCACAGAUAGAGGAAGCCAAUGCUAUGUCUCUAGCUACAGCCACUAAGUAGGUAUCAGUCAGGUUAGGUCAGUAAUAGAGUCAAGGAAUCAAACAGUUUGAGAACUGGUUUAACCUAGCACGCUCUCACCCACAGAUAGAGGAAGCCAAUGCUAUGUCUCUAGCUACAGCCACUAAGUAGGUAUCAGUCAGGUUAGGUCAGUAAUAGAGUCAAGGAAUCAAACAGUUUGAGAACUGGUUUAACCUAGCACGCUCUCACCCACAGAUAGAGGAAGCCAAUGCUAUGUCUCUAGCUACAGCCACUAAGUAGGUAUCAGUCAGGUUAGGUCAGUAAUAGAGUCAAGGAAUCAAACAGUUUGAGAACUGGUUUAACCUAGCACGCUCUCACCCACAGAUAGAGGAAGCCAAUGCUAUGUCUCUAGCUACAGCCACUAAGUAGGUAUCAGUCAGGUUAGGUCAGUAAUAGAGUCAAGGAAUCAAACAGUUUGAGAACUGGUUUAACCUAGCACGCUCUCACCCACAGAUAGAGGAAGCCAAUGCUAUGUCUCUAGCUACAGCCACUAAGUAGGUAUCAGUCAGGUUAGGUCAGUAAUAGAGUCAAGGAAUCAAACAGUUUGAGAACUGGUUUAACCUAGCACGCUCUCACCCACAGAUAGAGGAAGCCAAUGCUAUGUCUCUAGCUACAGCCACUAAGUAGGUAUCAGUCAGGUUAGGUCAGUAAUAGAGUCAAGGAAUCAAACAGUUUGAGAACUGGUUUAACCUAGCACGCUCUCACCCACAGAUAGAGGAAGCCAAUGCUAUGUCUCUAGCUACAGCCACUAAGUAGGUAUCAGUCAGGUUAGGUCAGUAAUAGAGUCAAGGAAUCAAACAGUUUGAGAACUGGUUUAACCUAGCACGCUCUCACCCACAGAUAGAGGAAGCCAAUGCUAUGUCUCUAGCUACAGCCACUAAGUAGGUAUCAGUCAGGUUAGGUCAGUAAUAGAGUCAAGGAAUCAAACAGUUUGAGAACUGGUUUAACCUAGCACGCUCUCACCCACAGAUAGAGGAAGCCAAUGCUAUGUCUCUAGCUACAGCCACUAAGUAGGUAUCAGUCAGGUUAGGUCAGUAAUAGAGUCAAGGAAUCAAACAGUUUGAGAACUGGUUUAACCUAGCACGCUCUCACCCACAGAUAGAGGAAGCCAAUGCUAUGUCUCUAGCUACAGCCACUAAGUAGGUAUCAGUCAGGUUAGGUCAGUAAUAGAGUCAAGGAAUCAAACAGUUUGAGAACUGGUUUAACCUAGCACGCUCUCACCCACAGAUAGAGGAAGCCAAUGCUAUGUCUCUAGCUACAGCCACUAAGUAGGUAUCAGUCAGGUUAGGUCAGUAAUAGAGUCAAGGAAUCAAACAGUUUGAGAACUGGUUUAACCUAGCACGCUCUCACCCACAGAUAGAGGAAGCCAAUGCUAUGUCUCUAGCUACAGCCACUAAAAGUGGUAUCCCCUCUGUCCGUAUGGUGCUGAUGAAGGGCUACGAUCCCUCAGGAUUCCAGUUCUUCACCAACCAUAGCAGUCGUAAAGCAUCAGAAAUGAGUGAAAACCCAAACUGUUCUAUAAUGUUUUACUGGGAACCUCUGAAAAGGAGUGUGCGCAUUGAGGGCAAGGUUGAACGCCUCUCUGAAGAAGAUUCUGCGACCUACUUCCACUCCCGGCCUCGUACCAGUCGGUUAGGAUCUAUGAGUAGUGAUCAGAGCACGGUCGUGGAAAGCAGACAGUGUCUAAAGGACAAAUAUGAUGCACUGAUACAGGAAUACGAAGAUGAAAACAAAAUUGUUCCGAAACCGGAAUUUUGGGGAGGUUACCUUGUUAAACCUAGUUCCUUCGAGUUCUGGCAGGGACAGACCAACCGCCUUCAUGAUCGACUCAAGUUUCAUAUUCUUCAGGAUGGAGAAACUGUUGACCCUAAAUUCACACAUCAGGCAGAGGACGGUUGGGUGAUCGAGAGGUUAUCGCCAUGACAACAUGUUAAAGAAAAGUGUUUAAUGUUGAAAUGUUCUUUUGACAUUGAAAUCAUGUGCUAAGAAAUAUUUAUAUUUGAUAUGUGUAUUAGUUCCACCACUGGUGUGAACUGGUAUAAAAGAACUUGACUUCUCCCAGGUCAAGUACUUACCAAAUUUUGAUGGGGCUGGUGCUGGUCUUUCUGUUAAAUUGAAAAGUCAGCGUCUUAAGUCCUUUUGCUAUUUCCGUGUUUGUUGAAUUCUUAUACAGGACAGCUCUUAUUGUAGAAUCUGCUAAGGUUUCCAAUAUUCAGAUGUAACAGAAGGUUGAAUACGCCCUGGUCAUAUUGGCCACAAUUAUUAAAAUACUAAGCUGAAUUUUAUGCAUGCAACCACAACGAUUUAUUGUUUGAUGUAUUUGCAGACCUUUCAAAUUAUUUUAACAAGGGGUACUGUAUUACGAUAGACUUCAACUCUAUGAAUCAAUCACAAGGAGUGUAUCUAUUUAUUGUCUCAACAUUAUUAAACCAGCUUGAAUCUCGAGUACAAUGUACCAAUUAUUUAACAGCCAUUGCAAUAUUGGAGUAAACCAUGAUAAUUUCCAUCUCUCUAGAUCUCACUCCAUAUAUCACCAGUAUUUUACAUUAAUUUGUUAUACAGAAUAUGUCUAUAUUAUACAUGUGGAAUAUAGUUGUGGUAGGCCUUUUUCUGCCCAUCCAUUAUUAAAGUUUCAUAUUACAACUUAUUCAAUAGAAUUAUGUGACCAAGAGUCUUGAUAUUAAUCAUGUCACUAGAUGGGUAAAGACUGUUAGGUCACAGAUGUCUGAGAGUUUCCUAAAACUUUUAAAUAACCAUCAGACCUGUAUUCGUAAUAUUUAUCCAGUUCUCGGUUGUGUUUAUUGUUAAAAUCUUACCUCGACCGACUUUCACAGUUGGGUUAGAUGUGUUAAAAAAAUAAAAUGAUCUCAUCUGAAGAC